AUGCCACCUUCCCGCUAUCAAUACGGCAAUAAGUCCAAGGAGCAGGUCAAACCUGCUAAUCAGGACAUCCGCCAGUAUUAUAACCCAGAUCUACCACCUUAUGGUCCUUGGAAACUUUGGCAAACCAAGCCAGAGCUUCCUUCUGCUGAAGAGGUCCUCGGGACAGAUGUACCGGGAGACGUUGUUGCUCUUGCCCCUAACUGUAUUUCGAGACCUUGGGCUUCCAAGGAAAGAUACCUAGAGGCCCACUAUGCAUUGAUCCGAGAAGAUUCAAUUGCACCACUUCGAAAUGCUGUAGGCCGGGUUCGCGCCGACCCUUUCAUGAGAGAUACUCCGGAUAUCUCCAUCUAUGAGAAGGUCUUCGUUAUCGGUGUCACCCUAGCCCGCUCGGGGUUCGCGUUGCACAUCCAGUUCUCUACUCGCCGCGCGGGCAAAAACAUUGCCUGGACAUACUCUAACCGCCUUAAUCCAGGGACGCUUGUUGCCCUCACCCCCAAGCACAAUGCAUUUAUGAGCAAAUGUGCCGUUGCUAUUGAUAUAUUCUUGGCCUCGCCCGACGAUAUCGAGAUAGAUCCACAGCAAGAAUGGAUCAUGGUUGAGGCUCGAGCCGGAUAUUUUGAGGCGAAUCGACACACCCUGACAGCGCUGCAAAAGUUGUCAAAGGAAAGCUUUCCGUUGAAUGAACAAAUCUGCAGCUUGGCAGGGGACAUUGAUGCACCGGAAUACAUCACCGCUGCGCCAUGCAUGGACUUCACGGCAUUGUCUGAAGUCUCUGCACUCGACAUCACUGGAAAAUAUGACGUACUUGAGCGAUGGCCCUCCCAGCCAACGGGAAAACUAGAUUCAUCCCAAUGGUCAGCCCUAAACCGAAUGUUAACUAAAAAGCUAGCCAUCAUUCAGGGCCCUCCUGGCACAGGAAAAACAUUUACCUCGAUCGCUGCUCUGAAGAUGAUGCUUUCAAACAAAGGGCCAAAAGACCCACCUAUCAUUAUCACAGCCCAAACUAACCAUGCUCUUGAUCAACUGAUUAAACAUAUCUCCGUGUUUGAGAAGAACUAUGUCCGGCUGGGUGGAAGAACUACCGAUCCUGAAAUUCGCAAGCGCACACCUUAUGAGAUCAAACAGAGCCAGGGUCAAUUAAAAAUUGAGGGAGGUUUGAUGAGUCCCAUGUUAAAAAAGCAAAACAAACUCGCCGAUCAGAUUGAAAAGCUCCUAGAGCCAUUUGCGCCAUCGAACAGCAGCAAGCCCCUUGCAGCAUCUCUAUUUCGUGAGCACGGCAUUUUGAGUGAAGAGCAGGUUAAGUCGUUGGAAGAAGUCGCACGCAAAUGGCAGCAAUCCAAUGCCGCUGCAAACGCCGAUCCUUUGAUGGCGUGGCUUACAGACUCUGUGAGGGAGUUCGACUACAAAUACGUUGGUGGAUUUGGAUUUAUCGAUGACGAUAUUGACCGGGAGUACGAGCAACUGAAGGAGAUUGAAGUCGAGCAUGGAAUUUAUGAGGAGGACUGGUCGGCUUUCACAACUCGCUUUUUCCCACUGUCGCCUGGUCUUUGUGGCUCCAACAAGGGCAAAAUCUCUCAAGCCACGGUUGAAAGUCUGCUGCAAGAACAGGACCUUUACAAAAUCCACAAAAGAUAUCGUGGUGCUGUCUAUCUUUACCUGCGCAACAAACUGAUCACUUUCCUUGGAGAGCACCUGCAUAGCCUCGCUCAAUCUUACACAGAUUGCUCUGCCAAUUUCCAAAUUGGUAGGUUUGAGCGGGACUAUUGUGUUCUCCAGGAGGCAAGGGUCAUCGGCAUGACCAGCACUGGUCUUAGCAAAUACAGAGGACUGGUCUCGAGCUUAAAUCCCCGAGUGAUCUUGAUAGAGGAGGCAGCAGAGGUACUCGAGGCUCCUGUUGCAGUUUCUUGUCUUCCAUCGCUUCAGCAUCUCAUUCUUGUUGGUGAUCAUUUGCAGCUCAAGGGUCAAUGUGCCGACUAUGAACUAUGUGGCCACCCUUUCUACCUCGAUGUCUCCAUGUUUGAGCGUCUGGUGACAAAUAAAAUGCCCUACGCCAUGCUCCAGGAGCAAAGACGAAUGGUGCCAGAAAUCAGGAAGCUCGUGGCUCCCAUAUAUGGGGACCUUCUGCGUGAUCAUCCAUCUGUUGAGGACCACCCUUUAGUUCCUGGCAUGGGAGGAAGACGAUCAUUUUUCUUCGAUCACACCUCGCAGGAAAGCGCCGACAGUCUAUUAUCGAAAGUGAAUGACUUUGAGGCAUCAAUGGUGGUCAAUCUUCUCGCUUAUCUUGUAAUGAACAAGGUUCCAGCAGCCAGGAUCACUGUCCUGACAUUCUACAAUGGUCAAAGGAAGUUGAUCAUGCGAAAAAAGGCACAAAAUCUCAACAUCGCCCAAACAUACGUCAACAUACUGACCGUCGACUCAUACCAAGGAGAAGAGAACGAUAUCGUGAUCCUCUCGCUUGUUCGAUCCAAUUAUCAUCGAGGUAUUGGUUUUCUCGAACAGGAAAACAGAGUCUGUGUUGCCUUGUCCCGCGCCAGAUACGGUCUUUACAUAUUCGGCAACGCACAAUGUGUUAGCAAACACAGUAGUUUCUGGCAUGCAGUCACCAAUGUGAUGUCUGAAGAUGAGACAGAUCCCCGUAUGGGAUCAGCUCUGCCCCUUUAUUGUGAAAGACACAACCAAGAAACCCUCAUUGAAACUCUCAAGGAUUGGAACGCUAUCACCGACGGUUGCAGCAAGCCUUGUGUUCUGAACAUGACUGGGUCUCGUGCAAACAGCGCUGCCCUGAGAUUCUCGAGUGCUGCAACAUGCCAUGCAUUUGUGUGUGCUCUCCACCACACACUCAUGAUUGCUUAUGUGCCCCAGCCCGCACCCCCUGCCUUUGCUAUUGUUGAAGACGAAGAUAAAUCGCGGUUUGCUGAGGGCGUGCGCAGAUGGCAGGAGUUUGCACAGGGUGGCGCCAUGGUGGAUGACUAUCGUCGGGCUAAGCUUCAUGUUAGGGGAAACCGUCCUCAACAAGAUGAUACGCUAGUUGGUAAGGAUAUCACUACUCCCGUUGAAGGAGACCUGAUCAAUUUCGAUGAUAACCCUCGGCCUGGGCUUAUUGCUGGAGGGAAACGUCCUCGAAGAGAUACUGCGCUGGAUGAACAAAACGCGGCUGCUUCAAUUGAGGGAAAUAUGAUCAACAUUGACCAUCACCGCCAGGCUGGACUUGUUGUCAGGGGGAAAAUCCCUCGGAAAGAUACUACGCUAGAAAAGCAGAAUGCCGCUUUUCCGGUCGAAGGGGACUUGAUCAACUUUGACGUCGAUGAUGAUCCUACAGCCGAAGUUGCAGGUACGGGGGCAGACCAGCCUACGGCUCCGGCCAAGGGAGGCGCGGCUACAUAUGACGGCGCUGGUGAUGAUCAGGCUGAAUCUACGAGUGAGAUAGAAAGCAAGCCCCCUUUUUUCUUCGUUGAGAAUAUCAUCGCAUUCGAAGGAGAUGAUCACUUUCCAGUUGGAGAGAAUUCAGGGGUAGAACUGCUUACUGCUGCAGUCGGGGAUGACGAUAAUCUGACAGGCAGUUUGAGUCUAGUCGACACCUCGUACCCUGCUGAGGUCGAUGAGCUGCUGUUCUCUCCCGUGGAAGGGGAGCUGAUUGAGCUCUGUUAG